GUUAAAACAGCCGCAUACAGCUCAUACAGCUUAUCGUUACUAGUGUAUCUCGAGAUCAUAUCGAGUGCAGAUUGAGUGUAUUGAGUGUUAUCGAUAGGUUGAUAACAGGGAGCAUAGAGAAUAGUGCCGUGCCUUGGUGUAGUGGAGUUCAGCGGCUGUAAGUCUCUAGGAAAAUGGCGCUCUCAUCGGUCUUCGGACGUGGCCGUGGCGGCUUUUGGGACAUGCCCGACCCACAGGACAUGAUGAUGACCAUGUUCGAGAACGCCCCUGCGCAUUCGUUUGCUCGAGACGCGCAUGCGAUCGCCAGCACCAAUGUGGACUGGAAGGAGACGCCCACUGAACACGUCUUUAAGGCCGAUCUACCAGGGCUGAGGAAGGAGGAAGUCAAGGUAGAGAUCGAGGAUGGGAGAACGCUGAGUAUCAGCGGAAAGCGCCAGAAGGAAGAGGUGCAGACAACAGAUACCUGGCACCGAGUGGAGCGCAGCAGUGGCCAGUUCAUGCGCAAGUUUAGGCUCCCGGAGAAUUCGAACGUGGAUCAUGUCAAGGCGAAUGUGGAGAACGGGGUGCUGACAGUGGUGGUGCCGAAAGCGGAGACGGAGCAGCAGAAGGUUCGCAGUAUUGAAAUCGGUGGGCAUAGUGACAAAUCGGAGCAGGCUGAGGACAUCCAUGUCGGUGGUUCCGUUGCUAAGCAGUAAAAACUUCACACAGAGAAGCUGCCUCAGUUUUCACUUCUGUUCAUGUCCAAGUGCCUAAUAACUUGCAGUGCUUGUUCAGCGAUCACAGCGGAAAAAACCUUGGAGAAACGACAACAGCAUAUUCUAUCUAAACUGAUCAUACCCGAUCGAGAAUGCUCGCAUUUACUCGGUCCACUUGGCUGUAGACACCAAGUGAUCUAUCGAAUGUGGUGAAGUAUUUGAAUGCUCUUGUAUAUGAAUGUUUUCUACAUUAUAGUCCGUUGGACAAUAGAUUUUGUUGAAAUCCAGAGUCUUACAGAAUCUUA